CUGUUUUCCCCAGCAGCAUGAUUUUGAGGCAUGGAAGAUUACAGUCCUAAAGCUCCUUGGAAUCUGUUCCUCUUGGAUACUGUUAAAAUACUGUUUGUAACUGGUGUUUGCUGGGAAUGCAGAUUGGGUUUGUGAUAGGCUUGCACCGCAGGUCUGGUGGAAUCAAAGCUUCUGAUCCUGGGAAGGAGGGUAGAACGAGUGCAGCGUAUAGUGAUUCUGGGCAGCGCGCUAAAGGGGCUAAAUGUUUCACCUGCAAUCUGGCCAGAAUAGGAAGGUUUUGGAUGACUUGCUCAUGUUUAUUCUCAUUUCUCUAUGGUUGGGAGCUAUACCGUGUUCCAGCAUAUUAUUUUUACCCUUUACUUUUCUGUCUGAACUAGGCUCCAAGCAGGUCUCUAUUGCUACUGAGUGAUAGAUACACUGUGCUCUAAAUCACGUGUCAUCAGGUCCUUUGGAUGCUGUAAAAACCUUUCAACAUGGGUGUUACUGUUGCUACGUAAAUACUGAGCUACCUAUAAGGAUUUGAUACUUUGGCUUUCUACCUUUGUACCUAGCAGGAAGAAGGGUAGCCAAGCACACGUCACCUCAUCUCUGCUGACCAAGACUGUUAGCAAAAGAGGACAAGAAUGACAGAGGCAACAUCUUCUGAAAUAACCCAUGAGGAAAAUAAAACAGCUCCACUAAAGCAAGCUAGAUGGCCAAUGUUUUAUUGCCCCAUCUCACAAACUCCAGAAAUUGCAAAGAUCCGUGAAGAAUGCAAAAAGGAAAGUUUCUGGUACAGAGCUCUUCCUUUGUCUCUUGGGAGCAUGCUUGUCACCCAGGGCCUAGUCUCAAAAGGCAUUUUCUCAGCAAGCCCAAGAUUUGGAUCGUUACCUAAGGUAGCAAUUGCCGGCGUCCUGGGUUUUGCCGUUGGAAAGAUGUCAUACGUAGGAGAAUGCCAAAAAAAGUUCCAGAAAGCUGGUAUUGUACCCUUUGGUCCAUCAAAGAAAAGGCAUUGUCAUCAUACCUGCAAAGAGUGCGAAGCAAAAUCGGGAUCAAAUGAGAAAGGAGAUCUAAUGCCUUCAGCAUCUUAAUGCCUUAGCCUCAGAUGCGGUGAAGAUGAUGACGAUCCUGUGAACGAGCUGCUUCUUACAAGCCUUCAUUUUGCCAAGAAGAAAUCAAGUCUUUGAUUUGGUGUAAAUUGGCUCAUUCGGAAUUGUUGCAUCAUGUUUGCAGUAAAUACCACUUUCUUGUAAUGCACUUUUUCUCCCCUUUCUCCUCUCUCUUCUCAGCAUGUUUUUUUUCCUCCUUUGAGUGCAGUUUAGCUCUUAGUGCUGAGAAAUUAAAUUUGUCUGUUGUACUUAAGAUGCCAGUGAAACUUUGUGUAGCAAGCAAAAUGCCAUAAGCUGAAACAUUGGUCUUCUACAUCAAAGGA